GCUAGCGACCACCUGAAGAAGAAGAUGGACCAGGGGAUUCUGUGGAGAGCAGAGAAUUACGAGGGCACAACUGAAUCUUCUUCUACAACGAAUCGCCUCACCUUCAUUGCUGCUCCGGCGAUUUCUCUGAAGUUCCGAUUUGGAUUGGAGCUCUCAGAGAUACCGCAACAGUGGACUAAUUCAGCUCCAGUGAUCGUCAUCAAGAAAUGAUGUCUCAGAAACUCAUCGCCGCUUCUUCUCCAAGCCAAGUUUUUCUGUUGGAUUGUAAGUCUAAAGGAUCGAACUCGUUGCUGGUUCCUCGCAAUCUGAACUACGGCUUCACUAGAGCGAGCAAAAAGCUGAAGGUAUGUCGACUCCGAGUUGGCUUUUGGGACUCUAUCAAAUCCGGGUUCUUGAAUAAUAAUACUACCCAAGUGGUCGAACCUCCUUCCACGCUUCAGGAAGAGGAAGAAGAACCUUUGCCCGAGGAGUUUGUUCUCACUGAAACGACAUUACCGGAUGGAACAAUUGAACAAAUAAUAUUCUCUACGGGUGGAGAUGUUGAUAUAUAUGAUCUUCAAGCCCUUUGUGAUAAGGUAGGUUGGCCACGUAGACCGCUAAACAAAUUAGAUGUAGCCCUUAGAAACAGUUAUAUGGUAGCUGCACUACAUUCAACUCGGAAAUCUCCUGUUUCAGAGGAGAAUACACCAAAGAAGCUCAUUGGUAUGGCUCGUGCCACAUCAGACCAUGCGUUCAACGCUACAAUUUGGGAUGUUCUUGUGGAUCCUUCUUAUCAGGGUCAAGGCCUAGGCAGGGCCCUUGUUGAAAAGCUUAUAAGGGCACUUUUGCAAAGGGAUAUUGGCAAUAUAGCACUCUUUGCAGAUAGCCAAGUGGUAGAGUUUUACCGGAAUCUAGGCUUCAAACCCGACCCCGAAGGAAUUAAAGGCAUGUUUUGGUACCCGAAACAUCAUAAUUAGAAUCGUUGCUUGGAGACAAGGUCACAUUUCUUUCGAUCUUGGAAUGAAAAUAGAAGAAUGAGUUUUAAUGGUCAUAUUUGUAUGACCAUUGUUGAGGUUUGUAUAUACACCAUAUUUAUGAAUAAUAUCUGACACCUUGUGUGGAACUUCUAUUAAUGUUAUAUGUGGCCCUCCUCUUCCGGCAGAUGAUCCUAUAGCAAUUUUAACAGGACGUGUGGAGACAUUCUUCACUAUCCUUGUACUGUUCAAAUACAGGAGCUGUUUGGCUCAUAAGAAAGGUCUAUGUAAUUCAAUGUUCAUAAGUGGAUGUUUGAUAGAUAGGUUUAUCUAUCUUAUGCAAUGGAUUUGCCAAUUCAAAUUGGUUAAUUAUA